UUUGGUCAACUCCAGGGCUUCAUGAGGAAAUUGAAAGAGGGGACUCCCAACCAUGGGGACAAGAGGACCAGAGGUACCAGGAUUUGGUGAAUGAAUUCAUUCAGGAGUACAACAUGAAGUCCGGAUCAGAAAACCUCUUUCGACUCUCAAUCCUGAAUCUGCCGUCUGGGGAAAACAAUGAUGCUGCUGCUCCUCGACUUCUGAGCUUCACCAUGAGGGAGACCGUGUGCCCCAAUACUGAAAAUCGCAAUCCAGAUGAAUGUGACUUCAAGGAAAAUGGGGUGGUGAAAGAAUGCCUUGGAGCCAUUGCCCUGGAUUCUCCUAAGCCCUCUGCUAUUUCCUGUGAUGGGCCUGAAAAGAUCAAGACAGUUGGAAUUUUCAGAAAUAUUUGGAACACAUUGAGGAGACUGGGUGACAGAAUUAAGAACCGUAUUAGGGAUGGAAUUACUAAUGGAAUUAACAAAUUGCUCUUAUAAGAAAUGAGACUCUUUUGUGAGACUGAGCUUCGGUUUUAAGGUCUUCAUCUCCUCAGAUUAAUAAACUCCAGUUUUAUUCUCUCUGCCUCCAUGUUUUCUUAGACUUCCUCUCCAUUCAGCUCAUUUCUGGCUGAACAUUGAAGUACUUAUCAUGUACUUGUA